CUCGUUCACGCUUCGUCCCACAUUGACCGCUGGUCGCAUCUCCGUCGCCUGCACACCCGCGCGCCUGCUGCUUUGCCGGCCAACUGGACCUUCUUAGGAUGUUACACCGAUGGCAACUCAGGAGGGCGUACGCUAGACACAGCGACUUUCGCGAACACGACGAGCAUGACUGAUGAGUUGUGCAUCGACUUCUGCAUUCAGCAGGGCACCGUCUUCGCCGGCACUGAGUUCGCGCAGGAGUGCUACUGCGGCGAUGCCUUCUCUAACGGAGGCACGAACGCUACUCUCAGCGACUGUGACAUGACAUGCGUUGGCAACUCGAACGAGACUUGCGGCGGGCCAAAUCGGCUCAGCGUCUUCUGGAGCGGCGUGCCCCCUCCCCCACCUCCGGUAACCGUGCCCAGCGUAGGCCAGUGGGAAUCUCUAGGAUGUUACAACGAUUCCGGCAACCCUCGUACCCUGGGCGUCGGCGUCACCACUGAUGGACCGAACACCAUCGAGAGCUGCACUAAUGCCUGUUUCAACGCUGGCUACCCUCUCGCAGGUGCAGAGUUCUCUACUCAGUGUUUCUGUGAUCUAGACUUCGCCGCUGGUUCUGGUCCCACGCCCCUGACGGAUUGUGACAUGACUUGCGCUGGCAAUAGCUCGGAAUUCUGCGGCGGACCCAAUCGGCUCAACGUCUAUAACUUCACUGGCACUCUUCCUCAUGGUCCAACCAACCCGGGUGGUGGCGGCGGCGGCGGCGGCGGGACUCCAGUCUUCCCCGUUGAGUCAGGCCUUCCGACUGGCUGGAACUAUUCCGCGUGCUAUGUCGAUAAUGCUUUCGGACGAAUUUUCACGACUGAGAUUCCUGACAAUCAAAAUCUCACAGUCGAGACCUGUGUUUCCACGUGCAACGGUCAGAACUUCACAUUGGCUGGCAUGGAAUUCGCAGUCCAAUGCUUCUGUGGUGACGAAUUGAUUAAUGGUGCCGUCACUGCCCCCGAUUCCGACUGCAACAUGGGCUGCGGCGGAAAUGCUACGGAGGCAUGCGGCGGACCUAACAGGCUGUCCGUGUACACCUCUACCGGAAACGUCACGGCACUACCCAUUCCUGUUGCGCAGAACACAAGCCUUCCCGGCAAUUGGACGUUCCAGGGGUGCAUCCAGGAGAACACCACCGCUCGCGUGUUUCCGUGGCAGCUCAUCCUCCCGACCAACAACAGCGCAGAGACAUGUCUUAGUCAGUGCUCCGCCUUCGGCUAUGGCGCUGCCGGCAUGGAGUUCGCAGAUGAAUGCUACUGUGGAGAUGUCUCCGACUUCACCAACAAUAGCCCUGGAUUCGCCAACGAGACGGACUGCAACAUUGCCUGCUCUGGUGAUGCUAUCCACAUCUGUGGUGGCGCCAACCGCCUCUCGUACUACACGUGGAAUGGUUCGCUGAACGUCUGGCACACUCCCGAGGUGAUUGGAGAAUACGAGUUCUUUGUCCCUGGUGUUGUAGUUCCUCUUCUCGUCACCCUCGGCAUCAACAACAAGAUUGCUUUCCUGGAAAAGUUCGGAACGAGCGAAUUCGACAACUCCACUGGCGCAUACGAGUUGGACCCCACCCUCGUCGACGACUUUGAUCUGGCAUGGCGAACGAUGCACGUCAAGUCUGAUGUGUUCUGUUCUGCAGCCAUCGUUCUGCCGGACAAGGGCGGGCGUCAACUGAAUGUUGGCGGCUGGAGUCUUGACAGCACUCAGGGUGUCCGGCUCUAUACUCCCGACGGCAGCCCUGGCGUGAACGGCACGAACGACUGGGAGGAAAACUUCGAGGAGCUCCAUUUGCAGGUUCAGCGCUGGUAUCCCACGGCCAUGAUAAUGGCCAAUGGUUCCAUUUUGGUCGUCGGAGGAGAAACCGGUAGCAACGGUCCCCCUCAGCCUAGUCUUGAGAUCCUCCCCAAGCCAAAUGGUACUGGCGACACCUGGAAGUUCCUCGAGUACCUGAACCGUACCGACCCCAAUAACCUCUACCCUUUCCUCCACGUUCUUCCGAGUGGCCGGAUUUUCAUCGGUUACUAUAACGAAGCACGACUUCUCGAUCCCGUCACCCUCGAUACCGCGGUAGUCCUGCCUAACAUGCCAGGAUCUGUUACCAGUCCUGCGGCCGGCCGAAGCUAUCCCAACGAGGGCAGCGCUGUGAUGUUCCCACAACAUGCACCCUACACGGAUCCUAUAACGGUCCUGAUCUGCGGUGGUUCUGACUUUGGAGUCGCCCUCGACAAUUGUGUGAGCAUCCAGCCCGAGGUGGAGAAUGCGACUUGGACCCUAGAGCGAAUGCCGUCGAAGCGUGUCAUGCCAUGUAUAGUGAGUGCCCUACCUGAUGGGACGUUCCUCAUUGUCAAUGGUGCUAUGCAAGGCGUUGCCGGUUUCGGACUGGCUACCGAUCCUAACUUCAACGCCAUUCUCUACGAUCCGACGCAGCCCGUGAAUCAGCGUAUCUCUAUUCUGAACAAUACUAUUGUCGCCCGUCUGUACCACUCCGAGGCUACCCUCCUCUAUGACGGCCGCGUCUUGGUUUCUGGCAGUGACCCCCAGACGCCAGGUUUCCCCGAAGAGAUGCGUGUUGAAGUCUACAUUCCGCCCUACCUUUCGCAAGGCCUCAUCCAGCCGAACUUCACGAUCGACGAGACGGACUGGGACUACAGUGGGACGUACCAGAUCGAGGUGAACCUCUUCCAAGGCACGACGGACACGAUGCGCGUCUCAAUGAUCGCUGCGAUUUCCUCGACGCACGGUAACGCGAUGGACGGGCGUACCAUCUUCCCCGAGUUCUCGUGCUCGGGCACGACCUGCACCAUCACCGCACCGCCGAACGCGAACAUCUCGCCGCCUGGUUGGCACCAGCUCUUCGUCCUCGACGGCCCGACCCCGUCCUAUUCGCACUGGAUCCGCCUCGGCGGUGAUCCCGCCGAAUUAGGUAACUGGCCGGACUUCCCUGACUUCACACUUCCUGGUGUCUAAGGCGGGCUCGGUGAGAUUUUUUGGAUGGCUCUACCCUUCUGACAUUUUUUGUGAGACGUUUUCGGCUGUCUCAAAUCCAUACCCUUCUUUUAGACUUGCGCUUUGUAAACAUCGGUUUCCGCCAACUGUCUUUUCGAGUAUUUUCGGCUUCGGCGAACCUUCUUUUCGACUGUAUGCGCUCUUUCUUAUACCUGUCCUUC